AUGGAUCAACAACCACCAGUAGUCUAUCAAUAUGAAACACGUUUAGAAAGAUUUAAACAUCUUAUUGUUAAAUAUAAUAUUAAUUAUGAUUUUGCAUUUCGUCUUCGUGCACUCGAAGGUUUUGAAAUCGCUAUGAUACUUGAUGAUAGUUCAUCAAUGCGUACACCAGUUUUAAGUCAUAAUCAACAAAAUUUAUCACCAUUUGAUCAAUUACCAACACGUUGGGAUGAACUUAAACAAACUGUAUCAAUGGUUAUUGAUCUAGCUUCAACAUUAGAUCCUGAUGGUAUUGAUAUUUAUUUUCUUAAUCGACAACCACUUUUACAUGUUGUGGAUUCAUCUCAAUUAAAUGAAACAUUUUCUAUAUUACCCAAUGGUCCAACACCACUGACGCGUGUAUUAAGUUAUGUAUUAAAUUUAAAACGUUCCCGUGUUCAUGAUCGUAAAUUAUUAAUUUUAAUAGCCACAGAUGGUUUACCAACGGAUGAAAAUGGACAAAACGAUCUUAAUGCUUUAGAAAAAGUUUUACGUCAUGAAAGAUAUCCAGCAAUCGAUCGAAUAUAUGUUACAUUUAUUGCAUGUACUGAUGAUCAUUCAUCAGUUGCUUAUUUAAAUCAGUUUGAUAAAAAAAUUCCUUAUGUUGAUGUUCUUGAUGAUUAUCCUAGUGAACGAGCAGAAGUCUUAGCUGUACAAGGAAAACAUUUUCCAUUUAGUUUCGGUGAUUAUGUUGUUAAACUUUUAAUGGGUUCAGUCGAUCAAUGGUUUGAUCAAUUAGAUGAAAAAAAAGUUAAAUUAACUCAUCCAGAAGUAAAACCACAACGAAAUAUCGCCGGACGCAAAACAAGUUGUACAAUUUCAUAA